UCGAAAAUAGCAGAAUUGAGCAUUUUCAGUGUUAAAUGAGAAAAGUGAUGCUAAUUUCAAUAUACGCCUACAUAUUUGCACUUUUACAAUGCGCAAACGACUAUGGAUAUCUUUUAUAGAUAUUCUCCAUAUAUUUGGUAUCAAUGCACAUAUAUAAUGAAAGGACGUCCAGGCCAUAUGGAAGGUAUCGAUAUGAAUACAGCUCUAGCUGAACAAAGAAGAGAAGCAAGAAAAGCAAAAGCAUAAGAGCGGCGAUGGCGACAGAUUUCACCAGUAAGCGCUGAAAAUGUACGAGACAUCUCAUUGUCUUCUGAAUCAGAAGUGGAAGAAAUCACCUCGGACGAAGUAUUUACCGAUGAUGAAAAAGCCAGCAAAGCGGAGACAGCGAGUAAAAAAGGAAAUACAGUCGUGGUUGUAAAGAAGUAAUGACGGAAAAAUUAUCAAUUUUGCUAGAUAGGUGCAAAAUUUCUGAUAGAAAUGCUGGGCGAAUAAUUUUCGCAACAGCUGAAAGUCUGGGCUGUAAUGUCGAGGAAUUUGCACUUAGUAGAAGUGCUUUAAGAAAACGCAGAAUAUCCUUUCGAAGUCUACGGGCCGAGAAAAUCAAGGCGAGGUUUAAAAACUCAGACUUAGAGGGUAUUGUUGUUCAUUGGGAUGGAAAACUUUUACCAAACCUUCUUCAGAAAGAAUGUGCUGAACGGUUGGUAAUCUAGGUAAGCAAAGGAGACUAUGAACAACCACUGGGGGUCCCGGGAUUAGAAAAUUGCACAGGCGCCAGUCAGGCAGAAGCUGUUAGCGGUAGUCUAGAAGAAUGGGAUAUUCGCGAUAAAAUUGUUGGUAUGUGUUUUGAUACAACGGCUUCCAACACAGGACAAAUGAAAGGCGCAUGCACCUUGUUAGAAAAACAGCUAGGUAAAAGUUUGUUGUACUUAGCCUGCCGUCACAUUUUAGAAGUCGUUUUACGGUCAGUAUUUGAGUACAAAAUAGGAUCAACGACUGCUCCCCAACCUGACAUUUUUAGAAGAUUUCAAAUACAUUGGCCUAACAUAGAUCAGCCUAAAUACAUUGAAGGGGUACAGGAUGAUUCGGUAAAGAAGUCAGUGAAAGAGUUCGAAAAAGAGGUUUCGGAAUUUCUUCUCUUUCAGUUAACUGAAAAACAGCCGAGAGAUGAUUACUUAGAACUUAUUAAGUUAUGUUUAAUAUUUUUAGGAAAAGUCCCUUCUCACGAUGUUUCGUUUAACACUCCUGGUGCUUAUCAUCACGCCCGUUGGAUGGCAAAAGCCAUUUACUUUCUGAAAAUGUUCAUUUUUAGAGAACAGUUUUCUAUGUCCGAAGAGGAGUUCAGUUCACUAAAAGCUAUUUGUUUAUUUAUUGUUAAUUUGUAUGUGAAGAUGUGGUGUCAAGCUUCAAACGCAAUAAGUGCACCUAGUAAUGAUUUACAAUUUGUUCAGAAUGUAAUUAAGUACAGACGUAUUGAUCAAGGUGUAUCAGAUAAGGUAUUGGGAAAAUAUUUACUUCACCUGUGGUAUCUGAACCCGGAACUGAUUUGCCUUAGCUUAUUUGACAAAAAUGUUUCAAAUGAAAUAAAAAGCAAAAUGGCAAAAAAGAUUUUAUCGUACAGCAAUUUAACAGAAGAAGAACGGUCUUCAAGGAUAAUGAGGGUACAAGUUUCUGAAGAUGAAGCUGUAAACCUAUUUAAAAAUAUUUCGCUUCAGAACUUUGUUUUGGAUCAAAGCCUGGCCUUUUUCGAAUAUUUCAAAGUCAAAACUGAUUUUCUGACAGAAGACCCCAAGAAAUGGUCCGAAAGUAAAGACUUUUUGAAACUUCAAAGGUGCCGUGUCGUGCAGAGAGAGGGGUUAAGUUAAUUCAAGACUUCAAUAGUAUUCUUACAAAAGAUGAGGAGCAAAAACAAUUCCUGCUUCAGGUGGUAGCAGAUUGUCGUCGGCUUUACCCUGAUACUUCCAAAAGUACCCUUUCUCUACCCUUAUCUGAUGAAUGAUAUUGGAAAUAAUAAUAUAUAAAUACAUAUAUAAACAAAUUGAUAAAUUGUUUAUA